CAGCGUUCCGCUAAACUCAUUUUCCCAGUCCUACUUGAACCGGAGCGCCCUAACCAUGAUCUCAUGUGCCUGUCCCAGUUUCCACCGUUUCGACGUUGACUCACAUUCAUGCUCGAUCUCUGCAGUUCGUCGUCACUUGGCAAAAUCUCUGAGCAGGCCAGCGGCAAUGUUGAGGAGAUCCUUCCUGACCAUCAAGCUUCGUCGUCGUCGUGCAAACUGAAUCCUUCGCUGGCUCAGCGCGAUAACCGAACGUCCGAGCUGCAACGCUGGCCGACUGUUGUGUCUGCUGUACUGUUCGCCUUCGCUCCGCUCAACUGUCUCCCCUCUCCUCCUCCUCCUCCUUCCGCCUCCUUCUCUGCCUGCCUGCACUGCCUGGACCACCAGCCGCGCGCUUCAGAGGGAAAGGGGAGGGGGAGGAGUUGGGUGUGGACGAGAAAGGCAAUCACUUGUUAGUGUUUGAUCCGGAGGAGCCUUUUCAGCGCGCUUUCAGUUCGUUAGAAGCAGCCCUGUUUAAAAGGCUGCAACUCCAGAGCCUCUCCGCGGCUCCGAGUGUGGCAAGCCUGCUGCUCUGCGUACGACGGCACAACCGCAGUCGCCACGGUGCAGUCGCUGCAGAAAGCAGAGGUAGGCGAGGCUGUUCGGAACUCUCCUGGCAGCAGUAGAGGACUCUAGGCAGCAGCGGGCCCCCCGCUCGCCUUCCUCACCUUCCCCGAACGGAGCUUGGCACUCGACACGGCCUUAUUCCAAAUCAUUGGAGAACAUGGCGACUUCAACUGCAACUGGAAGGAUUUCUACUCCAAUGGCUGCGGAGUGCUGCAACUGCGGCCAGAAGUUUGGCCCGCACUGCCAGCCGGCCGGGGUGCACAACUGCGGCCACACGCCGUGCCAGUCCUGCGUGGAGGCGGGGCCAGACUCGGAGAGCCGCUGUGGCGUAUGCAGAAAGAGGUCUAGGUGGAGCCAGAUGGCCUGCAAGGGACUCGACGCCGGGUGCUCCAGUCAAGGCGGCCACCCUCUCCACUGCGACACGCUGCCCACCGAUCAGUGCCUGGGCGAGCACAAGUCCUGCAAGGUGCAGCGCUUGACCCGGGACUCUGCUCGGAGCGUCGCCGCCAUGCACGACGGCGUGGCCUCAGAGCUGCAGCACGCCCAGGAGAGCCUCCAGGGACUGAGGACGUGGGCCAGUGCCGCCGAGGGCCGCCAGGACUCCGCCGCACUCCGUGCGCACGCGGCCAGCUUGGGCCGCAUCCGAGGCGUGCUGCAGCAGGCGCUCCAGGACUUCGUGGAGGAGGCGCGCCGCUGCCAGGCAGAGGAAACCACUAGUUCGGACGAGUUCCAGAUCGGUACUUUGCUGGAGUCGGGCUCUUCUAUGGACACGAGCCCCCUUCCACAGCCUGGCACUCCGCUGGAGUUUGGCACUCCGCUGGAGUCUGGCACUCUGCUGGAGUCUGACACUCCCCUGGAGUCUGGCACUCCGCUGGAGUCUGACACUCCCACUCCCCUGGAGUCUGGCACUCCGCUGGAGUCUGACACUCCCACUCCUCUGGAGUCUGGCACUCCGCUGGAGUCUGGCACUCCGCCGGAGUCUGGCACUCCGCUGGAGUCUGGCACUCCGCUGGAGUCUGGCACUCUCCUGGAGUCUGGCACUCUCCUGGAGUCUGGCACUCCCCUGGAGUGUGGCACUCUCCUGGAGUAUGGCAGUCCUCUGGAGUCUGGAAAUCCGCUGGAGUCGCUGCCCCUGGAACUGCUGCUGGCGGUGCUGGCCUACGUGCCGACGGAGCAAUUGCUGCCCCUGCGGCUGCUGAACCGUUACUGGAGAACGCUGAUCCUGGAGGAGCCACUGUGGCGCCACCGCCGCUUUGAGGUUCCCUUCGAAUCUGGCUCCGGACAGCCGGCCAUUGCAGCCAUCCUGCGCUUGGCCCCGGCGCUGGACACGCUGAACAUGCAGACUGGACUUUAUGGUUCGUCUCACGGGCGUCUUUACCUUCAGGCUCUCGCCGUGGGCAAGUGCAAGGUCCGCUCUCUGCAUCUCAGCUUUUCAGCUAACACGGUGUUGAACAAGUUGAUCUCGGAAGUGUUCUCCGGUCGUAGGUCCACAUUACGGGAGCUCGACAUGUACCUUGACGGCUUUCAGGCUAACAGUAACCUAGUGCCAGCAUUGGAGGCCAUUGACGCUUUGGAAGAGCUGAAAACGCUGCGUCUCAGUACUCACAGGGGGCAAAGACACGGUUUUGCCUUCAAAUGUCUUCGCCUGACGACUCUAGACAUCGCGGUGGGUCUGGAGAUAGAAUUGGCUCGGGACCUCAUCCGCCUGGGAAGAAGCACUCUGACCACGAUCAAAUGCGGUUCUCAAAUGGACGAGCUGAAGACAGAUUUGGCACAGUGCGAAAAGCUCACCCACUUUGAAGCCACCACCUACUCGGUGGGCGGGCUUGCUGCACUUGUCCCGCAACUGUCUCACCUACAGUGCAUAACAAUACACGUGUCUGGUGGUUUUUAUCGCUUUGAUGUGCAAUGGUUCCAGCGGGCUGCCAAAAACUUUUCCGGAAAGAUCCAUCUUAUUGUUUCAACUUAUUGGUGCCAUUGGAGUAACGUCACCUCGUCGGCGGACUGCCUACGCAACGUCCACAGAGUGACGCUUGAGGACAGGUCAAAGUCAAACGAGGCCAACCCACCUGGGCCCGUCGCAGAGGUCCUGCGCUCUCUAACGUCGGUGGAGCACCUCGUGUUGAACUUCAAGACGGACUUCCAAAGCGUGCUCGAGAGCUGGCCAGCAUCAACGGUGCCUCGCCUUCAGUACCUCUCCAUCUCAGCAAAAGACCAAGAAGACUCACGUGGCUUUCGGUCAUCCAUGACACAGGCUUUUAGAGCCUGGCGUCCCAGUCUCAACUUAAAGUUUCUGUAACUGCUUUGAUCUCGAAACACAUAAUUGUCUCCACUUGUCUUCAUAGGUUUAUUAAAUAAAUGAAACCAA